AUGCCUACCACUCUUCACAAGACCCGCAAGCAGAUUUCAAAAAAGAGAAACGGCGUCGUUAAUGCUCUACAUGAAAAGUCCAGAGACUCAAUGCGCCUUCACAAGGCUGGUGUAAGAGACCAGCGCAUUGAGAAACUCGCAGCUGCCAGGAGUAAAAAGGAACAACCUCUAGUUGACCGUGUUGCUUUCUUUCAACAAGCUCUACGCCUUAAAGACAGAGAUAACAAAGGUGCCCCAGAAAUUGAUGAGGUUCAGCGCAUGAUUCACAGUUUCGUUCAUCAAUACGAUGAGGAGUAUAACGAAACCAAGAAGGCCCGUCGCCCUGGCCGGCCUGCUAGUGUGAAAGAAGAUCUCUUGAAAGCCAAAAUCAACAUACUAGAGGAAGAGUACAAGAGUGGUUUUGUUAUGCCUGAUCUCUUGGACAAUGUAAAUGUGAACGCACUUCACCUUUGGGAAGGCUCCUGGUCAUAUCUCACCCAACUGAAAUGGGUCAAGGUCAAUAGUGAAGGCCAAGUCAGACCGACCAGCUUCCCAUCAGGCGGCACCAACUGA